AUGGUUGCCAGGUCAAGCAGGAAGCCAGCAGGCGCUCACAGAUUGCUGGGGUGGUGGCAGGUUCGUCCGGUGUUUAAACUAAAGCUCCGUCGCCUAUUCAGUGACGUGACAGAUUCCGGCCUGAGAUGGAGAGAGGUAGACAGAAAGCAAAGGAGGGACCAGGAGGUUUAUUGUGGAGUCCUGAGACAAGGCUGCUUCAAGCAAACAUAUGCUGGAUUCUGUGACUGUUGUGUGAGGUUGCCCGUGAACACGAAUCUCAACAAGGACAACUUCAAGAUGCCAAACAUAGGGUUUCAAAACCUCCCGCUCAAUAUCUACAUUGUGGUCUUCGGGACAGCUAUCUUUGUUUUCAUCCUCAGCUUGCUCUUCUGCUGCUACCUGAUCAGGUUACGGCAUCAAGCUCACAAGGAGCUCUACGCGUAUAAACAGGUCAUUGUGAAAGAGAAAGUAAAGGAGCUGAACUUACAUGAGAUCUGUGCUGUUUGUUUGGAGGAGUUCAAGACCAAGGAUGAGCUUGGGAUCUGCCCAUGCAAACAUGCUUUCCACAGAAAAUGUCUGAUCAAGUGGCUGGAGGUGAGGAAGGUUUGCCCGCUGUGUAAUACACCCGUGCUCCAGAGUAACCCGGAGCAGGGAGGCCUCGGGCCCACUGAUAACUUAGUGUAGCUCUCGCUGGUCCCAGCGACCUUGGGGAGCGCAAGUGAAAUGGAUUUUCCCUUUUCAAUUUUUUUCCCCGUCUGUUUCCCCCGGGAGCGUAAGAGGGCAGCGGAGGCCGGACGACGUAUCGGAGCGUCUGCCCAGUCAUCGAAGCCCACCUUCCACCCUACCAUGAGUCACUUGUGUACGGACGAGAGGGUGCUGUGUACCGUACAAACCAAAGCACUUUUGGCCUCUGAAACUCAAGCCAGAACUCACCACCAAUGCCAAUCGCCAUGGGUUAUGGUGGGCUGGAGGUGACCACAUUUUACCUUGACUCGUCGCAUUGAGCUGAUACUCCCCUGGUAUAAGGUACGGAGACGAAGGAAUUGGUGAUAGCGGGCGGGUUGGGUUCCUCGCUGGAAGAGGACCCCGCGGGAGGGACCCGAUCGGCCCCUGGUUGUGUUCUCCAGGGACAAGAAGAGAAAGGGAACCGUUAACUGAGCCUCUUAAAGACGGCAGCUUUGACACAAGGCUGUGAGGAGCAACGUGCUUCCAGACCAGACACGUCACCAGUGCCAGUGAUGGGACCCACCGUCUCCACUCCUCCCUCGUGGUUUGCUAGGAGGGUGGUGGGGGAGAAGGAAAUGGGAGAUGGGGGGGGAAUGUGGCUGUGGAAAUUAAUUCUUGGAAUUAUUUCCUUGCUCCCUGAGAGAGGAAAUAGCCACCUGGGUGAAGCCCUCCCCUCCACCCCAUUAAGUGUAGCGAAAGGUAGAGUGUUGUCAAAGGGCAGCAUCAGCACGAGGUGGUUAAGACCAGCGUGUCUGCUCUGUUGUCACUCUUCCAACUCUGUACAUUAAUCCUAUUCCUCAACCCCCUCCCUCACCAAUUUUUUACUCUUUCAAGUGUUUAUCAGUUUCCCUUUCGGUGUAUCAAUUUCAAGAAACACUUCUCAUAAGGCAUUCCACGUUCUGAUAACACUAGGUAGAGCGUAAAAGCACUUCUAAACUCCCCUCUCCAUGUAUCGCUAAAAGGGGGAAGAGAGAGAGAGAGAGGAUCAAGUAAUA